GAAAGAGCGAUUGGUCUAAGUUAUGUCUUACUCUGGUUUUUGUACCGUAUUCAAAUUACGGGUGGAUAUUCUUGUUUGUACAUGCACCGGUUCAAAAGAGGAGAGCUGAAAACUAUUGUCACUGCCCUGAUUCUAUAUGAGGAAGGCUUUGUUCAAAUCUUGGGUCAUAUCGUUACAAAGCCAGAGUUUCUAUGGACACAGGCAGACAGAGAUUUAAUCACACCCACUGAUUAUAGUCUGUGCAUCGGCUUCUCUUUACAAAUCGGUACUCUAUUGUUGCUGCAGUGCUUUUGGAAAUAUCUUGCUAAACUCGUGGCAAGAGCGACAUUUAUGACCAGCAAAGAGUUCAAGUUUUAUAUCAUCAUGACUAAAUGUAUCCUAGAACUGAUGUUGAUAUCGAUGCUGGGAGGCGUCUCCCACUUUCGUUUUCGAAAGCUGUUGAGUAACAGUCAAUAUCGCAACGAUGCACAGUUUAUCACGCACAAGAUGAAAUACUUUCAGGAUUUGAAUUUGCUACUGUCCGUAGCACUCUUUAUUUUUUCACUGUGUUUCAUCAUUUUGAGUGCAGAUGGAUUGACAGCCAAAAAGACCAUCAACAUGCACAAGUUUGCUGCUGAUUUCUUGAUUUGUAAUAUCAACAUCACUUGUAUUAUUGUAUGGGUCAUUGUUAUCCUCAUCUUUCAUCCUAAAAAGACAGUAGAAGAACACACACGUAUUCCUGAUACUUCCUUCUCCAGUAGCAGUAGCACUGAACAGGAUACCAAAAUACAUCAGUACAAAUAA